UCUUUGCCAACAAUGCAGGGUCCAGUUUUUCCCCUUGUCCGGCAUGUGUGUGACGGAAACUUUAUCAGCUUCCUCUAGCAUGGGAUAUAAAUCAGUCUGAGCACUCCAUCCAGGCACUCCAACCAAACACUCACAAGUGCUUCACCAUGAAGUCCGCCUGCCUCCUCCUCCUCCUCGCAGGUUCCCUCACUCUAUGGACCGUGGUGCCCUCUGCCUCUGCAAAAGGUGUGAAACCUGGACGGUGCCCUUUAUCUCCUCCUGCAAUCGUGGAACCUUGUGUCACAAAAUGCAAGAGUGACAUGGACUGCCCUGGGGAUCAAAAAUGCUGUAAUAUAAUGUGCUCCUGGCGCUGUGCAAAUCCUGAUAAAGGAAGACCAUGAGAGUGGGGGCAAGUGUGAUCCAGCCACAGCCUGUCUGAGUUGAAUUCCUGAGAUGUGGACCCAGGGACUGCUCUGAGCCCAGCACCUUCCUGUCCCUCUAGGCGUAGAUCUGCAUUCUUCCCCUUCUGCAAUAAAGUUAGCUACUCAUCUGCA